AUAUCAAACAUGAUAUUAUUGAUUUCCAUUUUCCAAACACAUACAUACAAUGCAUGAAUCAAAUAAAGAUAAAAAAAAAAAGAGGGGAUUAAGGAAGCUAUAGAAAUGGUAACAAAAUAGGCCGGCCGAUCUUGUAAGACGGUCCUUUCCUCCAUUUUACUGCGGAUUCGACACGUAAAAUAAGAGGACCCCACAAAUGUGUUAGUGUAUGUAAGAGUAUAUAUAUAUACCCCUUCUCUCAUUUUUUUUUGUUAAUCUCAUUUCUAUUUAGUUGCUUCCUUAGAGAAAGACAUACACAAACGUCUAUUUUGUUUGUACAAGUUUUGUUUUUCUUAAUUAUUCAAUCAAAAGCUUCUCUUUAUUCUCAUAUUAUUAUUAUGUCCAACAUUCCUAAGCCUAUAAUCUCUUCACCUUCUCCUACCAAAACUCAUUCGAAUUCACCAUCGUGUGAUAAUAUUAAGUUAAUGGAUAAUCGUCCUCCUACAACUACUACUAAUGAUGAUGAUAACGAUCUUCAUAGAUGGCCAACCAUUUCUGAGGCAGUACAAGAGAUGAAAGCAAUAGGAAAGAUAUCAGGGCCAACAACAGUAACAGGAUUGCUGUUAUAUUCAAGAGCAAUGAUCUCCAUGCUGUUCCUAGGCUACCUCGGCGAGCUCGAAUUAGCCGGUGGUUCGCUAGCCAUUGGGUUCGCGAACAUCACCGGCUAUUCGGUGAUAUCCGGGUUAGCCAUGGGAAUGGAACCUAUUUGUGGACAAGCAUAUGGUGCGAAACAAAUGAAGCUUCUUGGGUUAUCUUUACAAAGAACAGUGCUUCUACUUUUCUCAACUUCAGUGCCCAUCACUUUCAUGUGGAUUAACAUGAAGAGAAUCCUACUUUGGUGUGGUCAAGAUGAUGAAAUUUCAUCCGUUGCUCAAAUCUUUCUUCUUUUUUCUAUUCCUGAUCUUUUUUUCCUUUCUUUACUCCAUCCUCUUAGAAUCUAUCUAAGGACACAAAAUAUCACAUUGCCCUUAACUUAUUGUACCGCGAUUUCGGUACUUAUCCACUUGCCUCUCAAUUUCCUCCUUGUAGUCCACCUUAAGCUAGGCAUCGCCGGUGUUGCCAUUGGCAUGAUAUGGACUAAUUUAAACUUAUGUCUAUUAGUCUCUUCUUUUAUCUACUUCUCGCGAGUCUAUAAAGACUCGUGGAUUGCCCCGAGUAUGGAUUGCCUUAGAGGUUGGUCAUCCUUACUAGCCCUCGCUAUUCCUACUUGUGCUUCGGUUUGUCUUGAGUGGUGGUGGUACGAGUUCAUGAUUAUGCUUUGCGGUCUGCUAGCCAACCCGAGAGCGACAAUCGCCUCGAUGGGAAUACUCAUACAAACCACAUCGUUGGUUUAUGUGUUCCCCUCAUCUUUAUCCCUUGGUGUGUCUACUCGAGUUGGGAAUGAGCUUGGAGCACACCGCCCCGGGAAGGCUCGUAUCUCCAUGAUCGUGUCAUUGUCAUGCGCCGUUGUAUUGGGACUCACUGCUACACUCUUUACCAUCCUUAUGAGGAAUCAAUGGGGUAGGUUUUUCACCAAUGAUGAAGAAAUUCUACAUCUUACUGCUGUUGCAUUGCCGAUUGUAGGGCUCUGCGAGCUUGGGAACUGUCCACAGACAACAGGCUGUGGAGUCCUUCGCGGUAGUGCAAGACCUACGAUCGGAGCAAACAUUAACCUCGGGUCAUUCUACUUGGUAGGAAUGCCCGUUGCUAUCUUCUUCGGGUUCAUUCUCAAAAAGGGGUUCGCAGGGCUAUGGGUCGGGCUACUCGCCGCCCAAGCCUCCUGCGCGCUCCUGAUGCUGUAUGUUCUGUACAAAACAGAUUGGAGCGUGCAAGCAGACAGAGCAAUUGAAUUGACAAAUUCUUCAGUAUCACAAACUCCGGGAUUAUUACCAAUUUCAACUGCAUUGGAUUUCAGUAACAUUGACAAGAAGAUUAAUCCAAAAUUCGAACAACUUGUGUGCAUUGAAAACAAAGAUAGAACGACAUUGAAAUUAUCUUUGCCAUCAGCAAACGAAGGUUUUCAUGAAACAAAUCCUCUGUUAACCCCUCAUUUCUCAAUAAUAUAAAUAGAUUA